GGAAGUACGGCCCGGUGUGUUCCGGUCGGUAUAAACGGGACUAACCGGGACUAACAGCUCCACUAACGCGUUUCAUAUGAACUGUGAGCUCCGCUGGAGUCAGGAGGAGAAGCAGGAAGUGACCUGCAGCCAGAAGACUUUAAUGUGAAGAAGAAGAAGAAGCAGAAGAAGAAGAGGUCCUCCUGCUAGCAGUUAGCCUGUUAGCUGCCCCGUAAUGGCGGAGCUGAACCGGCAGCUGCAGGAGUACCUGCUGCAGUCUAAAGGCGGGAAGACCGGGUCCCAGUCCGGCUCCAGCACCGCGGUGGACAUGGACGGCGCCGAGCCGGUUUCGGGCAGCUGGUUCGGGCGCUGGUCCAGCCCGUGGUCCGGCGGCUCGGCCGGGCAGAGCUCCGGGAGCGGCGGCGGCGCUUCCUGGUCAUGGUGGUCGGAGCCGGACCCGUGUCUGCCGGGCAUGAGCCGGCGGCAGCGGCUGGUCGCCUCCGCGGUGUGCGGCGCAUUUUCCGCGCUGUGCUUCGCGCUGUCUGCGCUGUACGCCCCGCUGCUGCUGCUGUACGCACGCAAGUUCGCGCUGCUGUGGUCGCUCGGGUCGCUGUUCGCCCUGGCGGCGGUGGCGGUGCUGCGGGGCCCCAGCAGGCUGGCCGCCGCCCUGCCCACCUCCCCCGGGGCCGCCGUGUACCUGUGCGCCCUCGUGGGGACUCUGUACGCGGCGCUGAGCCUCCACAGCACGGCGCUCACCGCGCUGGGAGCCGCGCUGCAGGUGGCGGUGAUCCUCGGCUGCUUGGUGUCGCUGCUGCCGGGCGGCAGCGCCGGGCUCCGCUUCAUGGGCGGCAUGGCGGCGUCCGCCCUCAAACGCACCGUCACCGGGAAGACCAUGUCGAUCUGACCGAGAGCCAGACACCGGACACAGAGAGCCGUCAGGGGGCCUCCGGGGGCCGGUGAAGUUGUUCCAGGGUCCCGGGUUAACCAGGACUCUGCUGCGGCUCCACACAGAAACAUGAAUGAUGUAAUCAGACUGAUUAUUGAUUAUUGGCUGCUGGGAGUCCGUCACUGAGGACCAAACUGACAAUCUGACUCUUUAUUUUGUAUUUGAAUCAGUAAACUGUUUGUUGUUCAGACCAGAAAUAAAAAAGUUUACAUGUUUCUCUAGAAAAUCU